GUUAAAUUUUGUUGCAGUGAUUACCAGCCAGUUAAUUUGCCAUCAUAUUGGUGGAAUCCAACAAAUGAAUCAACAGUGGUGGAAUUCUAAAAGUCAAUAGCAACUACAAGUCUUCAAGCCUUCAUCUUGUGUUGAUGGACUGUAUCAUUGCACUAUAUUGCUGAGAGAUCAAAACACACAGAAUAUCAGAACAUGGAUAUUGCUACUUCUCUUUCAUGUCUCCUGUUCUUCAUCACCAUCCUUCCGGCCUUAACAGCUUCUCCAAUAUUGUUUCAGGGUUUCAAUUGGGAAUCAUCCAAAAAGGAAGGAGGGUGGUACAACUUCCUCAUCAACUCCAUUCCUGAACUGGCUGCUUCUGGAAUCACUCAUGUUUGGCUUCCUCCACCCUCUCAGUCUGUUUCACCUGAAGGGUACAUGCCAGGAAGGCUUUAUGAUCUGAAUGCAUCCAAAUAUGGCACCCAAGAUGAACUGAAAACACUGAUAAAGGUGUUUCACAGCAAGGGGGUCCAGUGCAUAGCAGACAUAGUUAUAAACCACAGAACUGCAGAGAAGCAAGACGCAAGAGGAAUAUGGGCCAUCUUUGAAGGAGGAACCCCAGAUGAUCGCCUUGACUGGACCCCAUCUUUCAUUUGCAAGGACGACACUCCUUAUUCCGACGGCACCGGAAACCCUGAUUCUGGAGAUGACUACAGUGCCGCACCAGACAUCGACCACAUCAACCCACGGGUUCAGCAAGAGCUAAUAGACUGGAUGAACUGGCUGAAGAUUGAAAUAGGGUUUGAUGGAUGGCGGUUUGAUUUUGCUAGAGGAUUCUCCCCAGCUUUUACCAAGUUUUAUAUGGCAAAGACCAGGCCAAAAUUUGCAGUAGGGGAAAUUUGGAAGUCUCUUUCUUAUAGAAGUGAUGGUAAGCCAAGCUACAACCAAGAUAGUCAUCGGCGUGAGCUUGUGGAAUGGGUGAGAGGCGCUGGAGGAGCAGUGAAUGCAUUUGAUUUUACAACCAAAGGGAUACUCCAAGCUGCAGUGGAAGGGGAACUGUGGAGAAUGAAGGAUUUGAAUGGAAAGCCCCCAGGAAUGAUUGGGUUAAUGCCUGGAAAUGCUGUGACUUUCAUAGAUAAUCAUGAUACAGGUUCCACUCUGCAACACUGGCCUUUCCCAUCAGACAAAGUCAUGCAGGGAUAUGCUUAUAUUCUCACCCAUCCUGGGAUUCCAUCCAUAUUCUAUGACCAUUUCUUUGAGUGGGGUCUGAAAGAGGAGAUUAUGAAGCUGAUCAUAAUCAGAAGCAGGAACAGGAUCAAGCCCAACAGCGCAGUGCGGAUUCUGGCCUCUGACUCGGACCUCUAUGUAGCUGCAAUAGAUGGGAAGAUCAUUGUCAAGAUUGGGCCAAGGUUUGAUGUCGGGAACCUUGUUCCUAAAUCAUUCAAAAAAAUUGCCACUUCUGGAAAAGAUUAUUGUGUAUGGGAGAAAAAAUAAUCUUGAUGUGCAAAACCCAGUAAGUACUUUGUUCACAUAAUGAGUUGGGAAUCCAUCUAUUAAUUAAAUCUGGAAAACUUUCAUUUUGUCCCAAAAAAAAGAAAUUAUAUAAUAAAAAUUGAAAAAUAAUAUUAUUGAGUUGUGAUAGAGGUUUUGGAGUGUGAGUGAAUCGACCCCUUGCACCACGUGAUCAAUAGACUCCUUCAGAUAUGAUGGACCCAACCCGUAAAGAUGAGCUGACCUAUACCCCUCCAAUUUCUUUCUUCCUUUUUUUUUUGGGUUUUUCUGAUGAAAAAUUACAUAGGUUUAAGGGAUCACGAUCAAUCAAUCCAUCCUUGAGGGGUCGACCGGUCUCUAAAAAGUUUCUCAAUUGCACUACGACACAUUUUCCAUUACUUCAAAUGUCUUCACAUUUUAAGUGUGAAACGUCAAAAUUUUCUUUUGUUUUACUUUCAUGUGUUCAAAUUUUAUAGUUAUGUAUGAUUUUUUACUUAAACAAUCAAUCUGAAAAGAAUAUAAAAAAGUUAUUCGAUUAAAAGGGAUAUAUUUUC